UUUUUUCUCGUAUAUAAGUACUUGACCUACAUUAUUUUUCUUUGCUUUUCUGUAAUUAGAUGUAGAUUUGUUAUGACUCCCAAAUCAGACUGUUAAAAUUUCUAUUAUACUAAAAGUAAGUUUUGGCUUUAAAUGUGUAUGUUAAGUGGUGUGACUGAUACUCUAUAGGGAAGGGCUAGGGCAUCCAGAAAUAUCUGGACAGGCUAGAGAGAAGGGCCCAUGCCAGCCUCAUGAAGUUCCACAAGGCCAGGUGCAAUUCUCAACAUGGGUACAGGCUGGGUGAUGGGUGAAUUGGGAGCAGUCCUGUGGAGAAGAACUUGGGGGUCUUGGGGAAUGAAAAACUGGAUAUGGGCCAGCAAUGUGCACUCCCAGCCAAUUGCAGCCUGAGCUCCAUCAAAAGUAGCACAACCAGCAAGGGAGCCUAGCCUCCAGUUACCUGCUUUAGGGGAAGGUGUUUCUGCCCACGGCGAGGUCUGUAAUUAGAUGAUUUUUAAGGACUCAAUAACCAAAACUAUUCUGUGAUUCUGUGAAGGUCCAUCAGUGGGAAGCACAGAGAAUGUGUGGGCUUAGACAUCCAGCCUACCCAUCCUGCCUCUCCGUGCCUGGUCUCCCCAGCUGCUGACACCUGGACAUGCCAGACCCUGUGAGGUGCACAACCCUGCCACAGCCACCAGUACAGAUUCCAUUGCACACAACAGCAUGCAAACAGACAUGUACACUGGGUGCUCAGGAUGCAGAGAAACACAGAUAGCUCCUAAAAUAGCAGUGAUUUGCUAGAUUAUCUUGCAUCUCCUUUCCAUUCUAAGAAGACUGUUUAUUUCGCUGAAACUUUCUGGUUUGUAAAUCAGCCUCUAAGAAGAUUAACAUCUAUAAUUGGCUUGCGGAAAGUUAGAUGCCUCACGUAACUGACAUUGGUGUUGAGCAUGGACAGGAGCAAACGGGCAGUGCUGUGAGAACCACAGGAGGAAGAGGAUCAUUCCUGUAGCAUCAUCCUUCUGACCACAAACACAUAUGGGAAACAACAGCAGCUCCACAGUGGAUGAUCUACAGGCUGUCGAGAUCCACCACUGGUACAAGAAAUUCAUGACGGAGUGUCCUUCUGGACAGCUGACGGAGCAUGAAUUUAAGCAGUUCUUUGGGCUUCGAGGGCUGGAUCCAGAGGCCAAUAAGUACAUCGAGCAGAUGUUCCGCACGUUUGAUAUGAACAAGGAUGGAUAUAUUGAUUUCAUGGAAUAUGUGGCUGCCCUCAGCCUCGUUCUCCGAGGGAAGAUGGAGCAGAAAUUGCGGUGGUAUUUCAAGCUCUAUGAUGUAGAUGGCAAUGGCUGCAUUGAUCGACAUGAAUUGCUCAACAUCAUCAAGGCUAUUCGAGCUAUUAAUGGUGGUGACCAUGAAACUAGCGCAGAAGAGUUCACCAACCGAGUCUUCGACAGGAUUGAUGUGAAUGGCGACGGUGAACUUUCUCUGGAUGAAUUUGUGGAGGGAGCAAGGAAAGAUGAGGAGUUCAUGGAGGUUAUGAUGAAAAGUUUGGACCUGUCACACAUUGUGGCCAUGAUAAACAAUCGUCGGCAUAGUGUAUAAAUCAAGCUGGGAGAAAAUGCUGUGCCAAUAGACAGAAGGGUGUCACAAGGAAGGAGAGACAGCAUUUUUCAAAACAAAAUUUCCAUAAGCAUGAACAUGGAAGUAGGAACAGAAAGACACUGCUAUAUUUGUGUAUCUGAGUGCAUGUUCCUGUACAAAUAUUGAAGCUUAGCCACAUAAAUGCAAGGCAGGUUCAGAAAAACUGAAUCUGGGUGGUAGUAUUUGACUUGUCUUUGUAAAAUUUAAAGGCUAAAUUUCAGGACACAAAUUUCCUUUUUAUUCUGUGUCCCAGAUUAUCAGUUUGAAAUGGACUAAAAAUAACGUCAAGUUUGUGAAGAGCACUAGCAGAACUGGGUGGUGGAGUGUGGAGGAAAUAUUCUGACAUAGAAAAGAAGAGUUUCAAGCCAUUAUUAGUGUAGGGAACUAACAAAAGAAUGUAACUUGCACUGUUCUUGUCAUGGUAUUGGUUCAUAAACACCAGCAUGGUUGUCCAUACCACAUGUGCUUGGAUUUGGUAGUCUCUACAGAAGCAGCUUUAGUCGUAAGAUCACAAGAACUGAAAGAAAAACCAGUCUGGCAGUGACAAAUCUGUCCUCAGCUGCAGCUGUUUGAGCUUUCUGUGAUCAAAGAACCCUAGCAAACAAGUCGACUGUUUGAAGCAGCUUCUGUAACCAGAGAAAAUACGCUACUCAGUUUCCCAAAGUAGAAGAACUACUUGAGAGAUCAAAUCUUUUAUAUACUCAUGAUCCUACUUAUUCUCCUCUCAUACAACUGAGUCACUGGGAAUGUUCAAGGCCACACUGAACAAGGCUUGGAGUAACCUGAUCUAGCCCCAUGGCACGGGGCUGAAGCAAGAUGAUCUUUGAAGUCCCUUCCUACCCAAACCAUUCUGUGACUCUAAAACUGAAGUAUUUGAAGAUGGUCCAAAUAUUAUUGCCUCACACAUCCUUUAUUGCUCUUUCUUCUUAUUCUUGAGGAGACAAUCUAAUCAAAAGAAACAACUCACCAAGGUGACUUGUGAAUUGUGCUGUUGAUGUGAAUGCUGGAGUGAAGCUGAUACUCUAGAUCAGUACUGCCAUAAAUGACACUGAUUUUAUACACGAUGGGAAGAGUGAUGCAGCAUGGAUAGAAGCUCAGCAAACUGUGUCUUGUUCACUGUUCAUUAGAUAAGGUCAUGUGUUGCAGUGUGAUUUCAUGGUUUCCCCAGAACCCCAGUUUUCUCCCCUGAAGAUUUCCUCCCAGGUGCAUCAAUCACUCCUCCUUUCCCCACCCUGACCCCUGCUGAGCACUGUCUGUCACUCCUGGAAUUCCAGAAAGGGCAUCGAGUGAUUGGGCAGAUUCAAAAGAUGCUCUCCACCCCCGGGGGGGGGGGGGGGGGGCAUUGGGCCAUCCAGGUGUCCUCUGUCCCUUGAGACCUCUUCUCCCCUAGCUGGUUGGUGGGCUCCCUACCCGUCCCCUCCUCCCCUCCCCCAGGUAAAAGAGCAAGCAGCCACGUGGUCCAGGCAGUUCUGAUGGAGAAGUGUCUGAAUUCGGAGUUCUGUUUGAAGCCGUUGCUACAUUCAGAGGUCUGCGGGCCAGAAUAAAAGCUCUGGAUUAAACCCUCCAUCAGAACCGACUCCUUUCCUUCACCAUCGCCUUAAAGGAUUCUCCGACAGGGGGAAACCCAAGGAGUGGACCCUCUGCGAGAGGAAGCUCCAUCCCGCCGCCACCUGAGCUCCGGCUUGCCCAGACUUGUCUCCGUGCGCCCAUCUGCAACAUCCAGCUAGCCAAAGGUGUCUCUGGGGUGAAACACCACAGUUGUCGCUAUUUGGCUCAGCAGCAGGGGCCAGACAAGCCAGGGCACAUCCCGUUCUCUACAUUGUAGUCUCCAAUAGUCAUGAUCAGAAGCUCCUUUGAAUCUGGGAAGAGAACCAGAAGGAAAGAAGAAUGCAGGAAAUGUUCAACAGAGUGCCUAUGCCAUAGUUGGCAUGUUUUUCCUGUGCGGGAGGAAGAAUGUGCAGAACUGUAACAAAACUUUAGACUGGAAUUAUUCUUGCUUAUAUUUAGGCUUCUCUGAUAUUCAUAUGUGUAUUGGUUUGCAUGGCAAGGUUUUGGUAGCAGGGAGGCUACAGGAAUGGCUUCUUUGAGAAGCUGCUGGAAGCUUCCUCCAUGUCUGGCAGAGACAAUGCCAGCCAGCUCCAGGAUGCCACUGGCCAAGCCUGAGACCUUCAGCCAUGGUAGUAACAUGUCUGGGAUAACAUAUUUAAGAAGGAAAAGUUAUUGGGCAGAAGCAAUUGCAGCCAGAGAAGUGAGGACUAAGAAUAUGAGGGAGAAACAACUCUGCAGACACCGAAGUCAGCUAAGAAGGAGAGGGAGGAGGUGUUCCAGGCACUGGAGCUGAGAUUUUCCUGCAGCCCAUGAUGCAGGCCAUAGUGAAGCAGAUUGUCCUCCUGGAGCACAUGGAGGUCUGCAGGAGAGAAGCACAAAUCUACCCGCAGCCUGUGGAAGAGCCCCAUGUUGGAGCAGGCCCUGGAAGGUCCUGUGGGCCUGUGGAGAGAAGAGCAGGUUUCCUGGUAGGACUUGUGACCUCACAGGGAACCCACUUCAGAGCAGUUCCUGAAGGACUGACCCCAGGGAAGGUACCUCACACUGGAGCAGCUCGUGAAGAACCACAGCCCAUGAGAAGGACCCAUAUUGGAGAAAUUAAUGGAGAACUGUCUCCUGUAGAAGGGAUCUCAUGCUGCAGCAGCACAAGAACUCCUCUCCUGAGGGGAAGCAGUGGCAUGAACUGACUGUAACUUCCGUUCUCAUCUUCUUGCACUACUGGUGGAGAAGAGGGAGAGAUUGGGGAAUAAAGUUAAUCCUGGGAAAGAGAAAGGGAUGGGGGAAAGGUGUUUUAAAGACUUGUUUUACUUCUCAUUACCCUACUCUGAUUUUGAUUGGUAAUAAAUUCAAUUAAUUUUUCCCUUUU